AUGGCCCUGCCUAAGAAUUGGAGAUUCACGAAACGCAGCGAAGAGGUGAUUCUCGUUCGCGACUUGCUCGAAAUGAUCGUGGAUUGGAUCAACAGUUUCAAGGCCAUUGGCGACACUGUUGGUCAGUUUGACCCUACACACGCAGCACUGACAUGGGCAGCUGUCAGAUUCCUCCUCCAAAUUGCCGUCUCUGAGGUGGAGCUUUUCGGCGCUCUCGUGAACGACUGUAUCCAUCUGACGGCGUUGAUAGUGGAGUAUAUCGCGAGGAUGAUGGUGCGCUACCGUGCCUUCGAGGCAUUUUACCUGCGAGGAUCGCAAUCCGAAAUGGAAAAGACGCUCGGUGACUUCCUCGUUCACCUGUACGCCGAGAUCUUGACCCACCCAAGCUACGCAGUGAUGUUCUUCGAAAAGGAUUACCUUAGCCCUGGUCGCCACCAUUGGCCUGCUUAUACGUCUCAAAUCACUUCUACCGGAUACUGGCAUGCUUUCUUUUCUCCAAGAACGACUCCUCAAGAGCCCUUCCGCUCCAUCGACCGAGAACGGAAGAAGAUCAUGUGA